UCCAGCUAUAUAGACAGCCACACAGCAGUCAGUUGAAGCGAGUAAACAGAUCUGAGGUUUUUCGCAGUAACGAUUUUCACGUAACGAUUUCCACGUCGCGGUACAAAAACACACACAAAAUCCCUCGAUUGAACAUUAAGUGUCAGUGACUUUUUAAAAAUAAAAAUUAAACAAAAGCCCAAACGUGACUGUAUAAUCUCUCAACCAACAAAAAAAGAAAAAAAACCCAACAACUUGGUGGUGAUAAUAAAAGAACUUACAACAACAGCGUUGAAGAACCAGUAUAAAGUUCAAUAAUAAAGUUGAUUCAAACUGAAACAAAAGCAGAGGAGAAUAUCUUCGUCAACCCGGUGUAUUGUCAUACAAGUAUUUUGUUAAUCUUCGAAAUGGCUGCCUACUUGGAUCCCACUGGCCAGUACUAAAAAGAGCUAAAGAAAAGAAUCUUUAAGAAUAUAAAUAAAAAUCAAACAUUGAAACUAUGGCCGCCUAUCUGGAUCCCACGGGUCAGUACUGAAGGAGGAAUAGAAGAUCAUCAGAGAUCAGAGAUCACUUCAUUAGCAAAACAAUCACAAAAAUCGUCUCAGAAUGUCGCUCGAUUUGGAUCCCACUGGCACCUACUAAGCCGUUCUCCAGCUUGAGAUUCAUUUCCAAGAGUCACAAAUCUAGACUUUGAAUAAUUGGGAAAAUCCCCCUUUUUGGAAAAUACACAAAAAAGAAAAAGAAAACAAAAUGCUGGAUCCCACUGGAACCUACAGGCGACCCCGCGACUCGCAGAGCACACGCCAAAAGCGACGACAGAGGGAUUGCCUGGAUCCAACCGGGCAGUACUAAUGGAGCCAGGAGCCCCAUCGUAAAGCCCAUUGCCUUAACUCCAAAAAAAAACAAAAAAAAAA